AUGGCCUGGAAUUUAUGGUUACCAGACAUUCCAAUGGAGACAUCUUUACGUUCGAAGGCGUUAGAGAGUAUAAUUUAUUUGUUGGUAGGUACUUGUACAGAAACUUGUACAGUGCUCAGCAGCGGAACCUCCAGAUCUUUAUCCAGCAAUCCUUCGACGUUAACUCUUUCGCCAUUCAACACUUCCUGUUCCUGUCAAUGCAACGACAGUCUACCGAUUUUCCGGGAAGAUUUACAAAUUUGCGUCAACGAUAUCCAUGAAUGCAGUGUUGCUGGAUUUCUUAGUAAUUCGGGUCUAAUUGAACGAGUGCCAUACGUUUUUCUACCCCAGCGUGGUCAAAUUAUUUAUCCGCAUGCUGAAAUUCGUUUCAAAGAUGUAACUACUCCUGUUUGUGGAAUAACAGGAGCGAGACAAUUAGGAAAAUCAGGAUGGUCGGAAUUAAGAAAUCUAUCAAAUACAGAACCACCGUUCAGAUUGUUUCGCGACGAAGGGAGAACUUUUCUUCAGUGGAUCGGUGAAAGUGGAUUGAGAGAUGCGGCAGAAGGUCGAGUAGUAAUUGCCAACCUUAUAUGCAGAGAUGCAUCACCGCAAGAAAACAAUACUGGCGUUUUUGCACCUUGCGUUGCAUUUAGAGUCGCUGGAUCGCCAUCAAGAAGUAACGUUCGAGAAAUAAUAUUUUCAUCAACUUCUCAAGUUUCUCAAGGACUCUCGGCUACCGAAUACGCUGCCAUUGGUCUUUCCUCUGUCAUUCUAGCUAUCAUAUACGUAGCUAGUGUAUCGCUAUAUCUUCAUAGUAGAAGAGGAAAGAGAAAAUCGAUCGAAGAACCAGAACUUACGUUACCUGGUCCAAGAGAAGGUCUUGCUAAUAGUGUUAUUAGUGGUGGUUUUAUCAAAAAUAAUCCACUGUUAAUCACAUCGAGGCACUUGGAAAAUGAUACUAACAGUGUUUUAACCGAGAACGAAUUAGGAGACGAAUUGGUUCAGAGUGAUGAAGAACAAAAUUGUGAACAUUUUACUUCUGCAAUCGUUCACCCGCGCUAUGUAUAUCUAGACCAUUCGGAAACUGUAUUUGGAUCUGGUUCAAUGCUUGGAGAAAGAUUACCCGAAGAGGAUGUUAGAAUAGUUGAAACAGUAGAUAAUUCUCAUCAGCAAGAAGUACCGGUACUUCCAGGUACUCAACGAAGAAAAUUAUACUUCAAUCCUGCAUACUUCGAUAGGCAAUUGUUAUUGUCUCCACCUCCAGCUGCCAUAGAAUUUCUUCUCAAAAUUCGUGAAGUUAUUUCAAUCGCGAAACAUAAGAUGGCUGCUAAAAAAUUUGUUCCUACUCUCGUUGGUAUUCCAGAGGAAGAAAGUGACGCGGAACGUAGUAAUUCAACUAACAAACAGAAACAACAAGAAGAACAAAGACAACGAGAAAAAUCGAUUUCGAGUUUGUCUCAAAAUGCGGCGACAAAAUCGACGAAAUCGACGAAAUCGACGAAGUCGAUGAAAUCAUUGAGAUGUACAGGCUGUCCGGGUUGUGCGAACUCUUAUAGAAAUUUAGCGAUAUUUCCAAGAAACGAUCAACCUAGUCCAGGUGAAAGUAAAGUUCGAGCUUGGUUGGAAGAUGUUAAACCAAAUCAAUUGCAUUGGCUGGAAAAGAUCGAACAAGAACAAAAGAAUUGUCGCAAUGAUAAGAAAAAUUUUGUCGAAAAUUUCGAAUACGUGAAAGAAUUAGCAAAAUGCGAUUUCCUUGAAUUUCACAAAGAAACAAGAAAAUGUUCAUUCUCUUGGCAAGACAAUUCAUCGAUCUUAAGAAUUUCAAGAAACGUUCAUCAGCCAAUUAUUGCUAGGAGUGAAAUUCUAGAAAACGACGAUCGUUAUAGCGUCUCCAAAAGAUCGACAAAAUCUAUGUUCGAAAACUCGAGUUACAUUGAGCAAUGUAAUAACAGCAAUAAAGAAAAUAAUUUCAUUGCUGAAGAUAUAGUUAACGAAAAGGUAAGAAAAGCUAUAGAAAAUUCGUUUAUCAAACAAAUGGAAGAAAAUGCUGCGAUCGAAAAGAAAGAAGUUGAAAAAGUCAAUGACAAUAAAGUAUCUGAAAAAGAUGUAGAAAAAGAUUUUCCUAAGAACGAUAAUAAUACUAAUGAAAUAAUAACUAAAUCCAAAGGUAGACUUCCAGAUAUGAUUAAAGAAUUACCAGCUUCGAAAAAUACAACCAAACGGAUAAUGGAUGCUGUGAUUCGUGAGAUGGUUGACGCUAAAGUAUUGGAACAUUAUUCGAAGUCGGUAAAGAUGAGCGAUUACGAAGUUGACAGUUUGGAACGUUUGAAAUAUAAUAGAAAAUCGUCUACCUCGCCGGAAUCUAUAGAUCAAUCGAGUCCAACUUUAUCAACGGCUCUUCCUUUGGACGAGGAAUUGACGAUACAAAAUGCAGUAAUCAAUGGUCAAACUGGUGAAUCUGUACUUUCCAAAUUGAAAAAGAACGUGUUAGAAAAAAAUUAUUACAAUGCUUUGCCAGAAUUAAUCGCGCAAAAAUCAGAAGUCUAUUCCUUAGUGAGUGAAGUUUACGUGAACGAUGGAUACGUAAGUCCAGCUGGUAGCGACGAUUCUGGUCCAGAUAUACAAUACGAACCAGAAAAUCCUGGACAUUUGACAAUCAAGGUACAAGAUUCACCGGAUAAUUAUGUCAAACAAGAUGAAUCCGAAUACGAACCGGAUACUUUGGAUAGGAAGCCAAUGAAAUUAAAGAUUAAUGAUGAGAUAAGUAAGGAAAAGGAAACGAUCAAUGAAAUUUUUAUGGAUUCUUUGGAAAGACCAACACAGAUAUUACUAAAAAGUAAAGGUAGUUUUCGUAGCGACGAUAAUCUCGAACAAAAUGAUUACGAUCCUUUAGAAAGACGGGGUUAUGGUAGUCUUCGGGAAAUAUACGAAGCUAAAUUAAGAUCGAAUUUGAAGGAAUCUAAUUUCUUAGGCAGUAGUCAUUCUUUAAACAGUGAUAUCAGUGAUAGUUUAUCAUGGAAGAAAAAGAAAUACUUAACACCUGAAAAGAGACAAGCUAAAAGACAAAGACAAGCAAAUUUCAAUCAACCGGAUGUUGUACCAUUACCACCAACCGAAAAUAUAUAUCAAUCUCCAAAAGCACCUAUACCUGUAGAAGGAGCAAUACAACAACAACAACAACAACAAGCAGUCCUUUCUUCGUCUACUUUGUCGUCAAAAAACGGCUUAUGGGACAGGAAUAAUGUCGAAGCGGUUGACCCUACGGCUAGCAACGGCUCUCCUGUCCAAAGCGAUGGCUAUGAAGUAGGGUAUAAUAACGAUCAAUAUUAUCAUCACAGAAAUCUUCCAAAAGUUUCAACUUCUUUAUUAGACCUGGAGUAUCUUAAUAACAAUAAAUGUUCGCGGUUUCAAGAACAUUUAUCUUUUGUUACUUCUUUCGAAGAACGUGAAAGAUCAAUGAAAAUAAUUUCAGAUAAAUCAUCUUCAGGACCUACGAAAAUUGAAGAUAAUGGAUACAUAAGUAGUACUGACAGUAAUAGUUCACGUAAACAAUUAUUGAAAUCAGAAGUUAGCAGUGUCUCUGAAACGGAUGAAACUGAAUCCAUUUGCGAUGGAGCUGCUAGCGAAAGUGGAGCCGAGAGUAUCGGUACUGAUAGUGUUUUCUUUGGAAAUCUGCAAAGAAUUUCUGAAACCACCAAUUCAGGUGUUCAAUUGAAAACAAAGGACUCUUCUCAUUGUCGACCCUUCGAUCAUAGAAUUUAUGAAAAGACGAAUUUUAAUCUUAGCGAUAGCGAGACUGAAAGUUUUGUUACUGUUUUGCUACCUAAUUCUACUGUAACAAGUUGAAUUCUUUUUCUCUAGAAUAUAAAGUAAUAGAUUUUAAAAUCUGUUUCAAGCGUAUUAUUCAUUAAGAAAUAAAAAUCGAUCCCCCUGGGUCACUGGAAGUAGGAUACGUAUGAAACGAGAACCGAA